AUGCCUUCCAAGAAGACCGAAACUAAGAGCGAGGGCGCCGCCGCCGCGAAGCCUAAGUCCUCCGGCUCGCAGCACACAUAUCAGGACAUGAUCACUGAUGCCAUCGUCGCGCUCAAGGAUCGCAAUGGCUCUAGCCGCCAAUCGCUCAAGAAGUAUGUGCGCGCCAACAACACAAUCAAUGUCACCGAGAAGAUGUUCGACUCGCUCUUCAACAAGGCCCUGAAGAACGGUGUCGACAAGGGCGCGUUUGAGCAGCCCAAGGGCCCUUCCGGUGGCACUAAGCUCGCAAAGAAGGCUUCUAAGCCUGCUGCUCCCAAGAAGGCGGCCGCGCCUAAGAAGGAGACGGCGGCCAAGAAGGAGACGAAGGAGACUAAGGAGAAGAAGCCCGCCGCCAAGAAGGCUGCUCCUAAGAAGGAGGCUGCCGCUAAGAAGGAGACCAAGGAGAAGAAGGCUCCUGCCGCGAAGAAGGCUGCCCCCAAGAAGGCCGCUGCCCCCAAGAAGGCACCCGCUGCCCCCGCCGUUGUCGACAAGCCCACAGUUUUGACCAAGACCAAGUCUGGUCGCGUCGCAAAGACGGCUGCUAAGCCCGCUGCACCUAAGAAGGCCGCACCUAAGAAGGCGGCAGCCAAGAAGGAGAAGGCCUCGGCAUAA